UGGAAGGUUUAACUCUGUUGCAGAAUGCUCCUUUGUCUGAAGUGCUGUCACUUCUCAUUGGUAGCUUGGAGGUGAUUUGAAUAGACCUGCAAUAAAUCCAUCCCAUCCCUACUAGCCUACCUCACCUCUCACUUACCCUUCGGAAAAAUGGGAGGAUCCAUUGAGGAGAUGCCUGCUGAAGGCAUGGAACUAAUGGAUAAAGGGUCGCCUGAAAAAGAAGGAAGAGUGCAGCUCAGGAGAGAACUUGGAGUGCUUGAAGGAGUGUCUGUGAUUCUUGGGAUUAUUAUUGGCUCAGGUAUUUUUGUGUCACCCAAGGGAGUCUUGGAGGAAAUUGGUUCAGUGGGAGCAGCAUUAUUGAUCUGGGUUGCCAGUGGGUUCUUGGCCCUCAUUGGAGCAUUGUGCUAUGCCGAGUUGGGUACAGCAGUUCCCAAGAGUGGUGGAGAUUAUGCCUAUAUACGCGAAGCAUUUGCCCCACGACAAAUGCCAUCAUGGCACUCACUUUUGCCAAGUACGUACUUCAACCAUUCUUCCCCAGUUGUGAGAAUCCAGAAGCAGGCGUUCAGCUCCUGGCAGCUCUUGCAAUAUGUGAGGUUUAUUGACAUUUAUAAACUGCUGGAAUAUGAAGUUGAUCACCAAAGUGCAAGAUGUGUUCAUGUUCACCAAGGUGGGAGCCAUCAUCAUCAUCAUCAUUGCUGGAAUGGCUUAUCUCUUCAUGGGUAG